AACAUUGCUAGUAAUGUUCACUGCAGGAAUUAUUUCUAGCUUGGUCACCGGGCAAGGAUUUUUUGCCCAGCAACCCAUGUGGACUAGCUCUCAGAACCUAAUGUGUUAAAUUAUUUCCUUGCAUUCAGCCUCGAAUCCUUUCUGUUUCCCCGAGCCUCUUGCUUGCACUGGUUGACGUCAAGAACCGUGUGGAAUGUAUUGACUGUGUGUGUGUGUGUUACACAGAGAGAGAGAAGGAGACAGGGAGAGAGAGGGAGAGAGAUCUGGGCUGGAUUGCAUGGGCGUUAUAACAUAGAUCUCCACGGAGUGUUUGAGCCUCGGCGACCCGAAGAGCCUUCAGUCAGUGCGUGUGUCCCCGGUACACUAGCCCGAUAAGACAGGUGGGCAUGAGGCAAGGGUCAGGAUGACUGUACCACUGUUGAAAAUUGGAGCUGUACUCAGUACCAUGGCGAUGGUGACCAACUGGAUGUCCCAGACCUUACCCACCCUCGUCGGUCUGAAUGGAACUAAAAUCAGUUCAUCUGGAAACACGCAAAAAAUAACUCUCUUCCCAAGCCCCGAGGAAGGCUGGGAGAUAUACAGUUCCGCCCAGGAUCCCGAUGGGAAGUGCGUGUGCGCCGUGGUUGCCCAACGGAGCAUGUGUUCACGGGACACCCGCAGCAAGCAACUCCGCCAGCUACUGGAGAAGGUUCAAAACAUCUCGCAGUCCAUCGCAGUGUUGGACCUACGAACCUACCGGGAUCUCCAGUACAUGCGGAACACUGAGUCGCUGAUGAAAGUUCUCAACGCCCGCUUAAAAGUUGCGGAGAAGCAGUCAAACCUGAUGAACAAAAACUUCCAGGACCUAAAGGAAAAGAUGAACGAAUUGCUGCCGCUGAUGCCAGUGGUGGAGCAGUACCGGUCCGAUGCACGGCUGAUUCUCCGAUUGAAGGAAGAGGUUCGGAAUCUGUCGGUUGUGCUACUGGGGAUACAGGAGGAGAUGGGCGCCUAUGACUACGAGGAGCUCCUACAGAGGGUUAUGCACCUCGAGAGGAGACUACACGCGUGCAUGCAGAAACUGGGUUGUGGCAAGUUGACCGGAAUCAGUAACCCGUCCACCAUUCGGGCGUCCGGAUCCCGGUUUGGCGCCUGGAUGACCGACUCACUGGCUUCUAGCGCUGAGAAUAAGCUCUGGUACAUGGAUGGUUACCUGAAUGGCCGGACAGUCCGGGAGUUCCGUUCCUUCAACGACUUUGUCAAGGGGCAGAAGUUUGUCAUCUACCGCCUGCCACACCCAUGGGCAGGCACGGGCCACGUGGUGUACAACGGCUCGCUCUACUACAACAAGUACCAGAGCAACAUCAUCGUCAAGUACAACUUCCGCUCGCGUAGCGUGCUGCUCCAGCGGAGCUUGGACGGGGCGGGCUACAACAACACCUACCCCUACUCCUGGGGAGGCUUCUCCGACAUCGACCUGAUGGUGGACGAGAGCGGCCUGUGGUGCGUCUACACCACCAACCAGAACGCCGGCAACAUCAUCCUCAGCCGGCUAGACCCCCAGACGCUGGAGAUCCUCCAGAGCUGGGACACGGGCUACCCCAAGCGGAGCGCGGGCGAAUCCUUUGUCAUCUGCGGCACCCUCUACAUCACAAACUCACACCUUGCCGGAGCCAAGAUCUACUUUGCGUACUACACCAACACGUCGAGCUACGAGUACACCGACAUACCCUUCCACAACCAGUACUCGCACAUAUCCAUGCUGGACUACAAUCCCAGGGACAGGGCGCUCUACACAUGGAACAAUGGCCAUCAGGUUCUCUACAAUGUCACACUCUUCCAUGUUGUAAAGACAUCAGGUGAAUUAUAAAGUCACUGGACAAUCUCUUUUUACAUUUAAACACAUCAUUAUUUAAUGGACAAAAGACUGUUUGGUGUGAGUGCGCAUGGUUCCUUUGUGUUUCUGAAAAAAUAAAGUUUCACUUUGAAAA